AUGCCUCGCCGCAAAGAAACACCAACCAGAUCAAUCCUUCCUUCUCAGUCUCGUUCCGCGUCAAAGAAAACAGCAUCAAACCAUGUGGAUCCGAUUGAUCGCUUAUUUCAAUCAUACGCAAAUAUGUCAUCCGGCAUGAUUGAGCCAGCAGGGAUUGAAGCUCUUUGUAAAGAUUUGAAUGUGCACUAUGCAGAUAUCAGGAUACUGAUUUUCGCUUGGAAAAUGAAAGCUGAAACUCAGGGUUUCAUUUCUAAGGAUGAGUGGCGACGAGGCCUUCAAUGCCUAGGGGUUGACCCAGUCACAAAAUUAGGAAGUAAAAUAGCUGGUCUGAAGAAAGAGAUAAUGGCGCCGGAGUCCUUUGAGGAUUUUUAUUCUUAUGCAUUUCAAUAUAACCUAAUUGAUGAUAAGCAACGGACUAUAGACAUUAAUUCUGCUUGUGAGCUGUUAAAUAUUGUUUUGAGACCCGCAUUCCCUAUUUUAGUCGAUUUAUUAGUUGACUAUCUAAAGAUCCAGAAGGACUUUCGGGCUGUAAACAGAGAUCAGUGGACUAGUUUCUAUCAUUUCUUUAAAAAGGUAAACUGUGUAUACCUUCUGAGUUACGACUCCAGUCAAGGCUGGCCAGUGAUCAUCGACAAUUUUGUUGAAUGGUUAAGAAAGAAGGAAUAA